UUGGCGGUCUUUUCGCGGCCUUUGGUUGUUGAAGCGUAUCUUGUGCUCAAGACUUCGCAAACACCUGCUUUACUUCCCGCAUUACUGAACUUAAUCAGAAUGGCUAGCUUCGCCGCUUGCAAGUCUGCUGUCUCCAUGCGCGGCUUCACUCCGCGCACCACUGGCCGGCCCGCGGUACCUCAUCUAUGCAACCGACUUUCCAUAGUGGCGCGCGUUGCCAGCCCUGACAUUGCGGGGCCGCCAGGCGAUGGCCUUGAGUGGGAGAUGCCGUUCAGCGAGCGGCGCCGCCUGGAGCACGAGCUGCGCGCCGCCCGCGCCGCCUCAGAGCGGCUGCCCGCCGAGAUGCGCUUCAGCCGCGAGCAGCUCUUCUACUUUGGCCCCGCCGAAAUCCUCACCUACCUUCGCUACAUCCUGGCCUACGAGUUCAGCGUGCCCGUGGACCUGGUCACGCCCGCCACCACGCUGGUGUCACUGGUCUCGUCGUCGUGUGGCGCCGACGGCUGCGCCGCUGAUGAUGACGAGGCGCUAGCGCAGGCCCAGGCGGUGGGCAUGGGGCGGCUGGUGGCGGCGGUGGACACCGCCUUCCACGCCUUCUUCCCGCUGCUGGGGCAGCUGGACUGGGGCGAGGCCAGCGUGCAGGCGCUGGCGGACGCCAUCUGCAACGACCUGGCGGCUGAGUGGAACUAGACGGGACAGGAGGAGGAGGAGGAGGAGGAGGGCGGCGGCAGGGGCUAGCUGUGUGUUGUGGACUCGAGAAGUAUGCGGUCUUGGGUGUUGUGAAGGUCGCCAGUGGGUGGCGAUGGAGGCGGCUGAGGGGUUUGCGGCGCGGCGCUUCUCCAUGCGCGGGCGCGCAUGGAGGCGGCGGCGGUGGCGUUUCAUAGGGGCGCCCCAACCCCGAAAUGAAGAAUGGAGAGCGGUGUGCGCUGGUGCAUGAGGGUUGAGAGGGCGGGAUGUGAGGAACACGCUUGCCGCGUCUGAGGAACCGAGGCGGACAGGAGGCGCGGGCUGUGGUGCCAGCGGCUGAGCCCGCAUUCCGUCGGCCAGCGAGUCGACUGGCUGCGAGAAGUGUUGUUUGGCUGAGGCCUGGACUGCGAGGCGGGUGAGGAGGGGGCGGCUGUGGCCGGUGCAUGUGACAAGAGCAUCAGCGGCGUGAGGAGGGUCGUUGGGCUGCGUGAUUGCCUACAGGGCAAAUCAUCAUCAGGGAAGGAGGUAUCGGGCGUUUGCAUACAAGUGUGUGGUCAAUUCACGGAAGGGGCGGUGGCGGCGGCAAAGGUGGGGGCAUGCAGCUGCCUUGCGUCGUCACAGCCACAGUAUUUAUGUUCGGGUCCCAACCACGCCACAGGUUGGUGUUGUGUGUUUGCAUAUCUGGUGGUGGUUGAGCGUUACGUUGUCACGUCGUGGAGCCGCUGCGUAUGUAUGACGUGCGAAGCGCGGCGGAGUCGGAACACCGACCACGCGCGCGCUUCAUGUAGUAUGAAACUGUAGACGUCUGACAUGGACCCCGCGCACUCUUGGCUUUGCCAGUAGCCAGCGCGAUUGACGCCGGGAAAUCGCAUUGAUUGUUGGUGAGUGGUGCAUCUACGUGAAUAGAGUUACUGUACAUCGGCGAUGACAUCCGGGCGUUGGGUGGUGAGGCGGACGGUGUGUUGAGGCCUAGCCUGUAGGCAGAUGUGACAUGAGAGGUCCGCACUCGGGCUGGUACUGGAGCGAGACAGCCGCAUACAUGCAUGGCAUGAGCGUGCCGAUGGAGGGACUCAGAUACUGAAACAUUUCAUGAAAGAUGAUGGAAGCGGAUGGGCCAUUGGUUUGUGAGGUAGCAGGUGCUCCGUGUGUACUCAUGCGGUACACUGCAAACGUACAGGUGUAACACAGACCUGCC